AUGCAGCCAAGAAGCAGAAGCCAGAUCAGCCGCGCCCUGAUUGAGAGAACCAAACACGACAUCUAUCCAUUCAUCUCGCCAUCUUCCAAUUUAACAGGUUGCACAAAUGGGAAAAUUGUGCUGGGUACCGGAAGCAGCGGAGGGAUCGGAAGAGCUGCAGCGAAGCACUUUGCUCUUGCUGGCGCCAAGGUUGUUGUGAUUACGGGCCGCAAUGAGACAUCCCUCCAGCAGACCAAAUCAGCCAUCCAAGCAGAAGUCCCCAGCUGUGACGUUCUUGACGUUCUGCUAGACAUCACUGACGAGACCGCCGUGGGAGGUCUCUUUAGUAAGCUACCGGCCGUUCCCGAUAUCUUAGUCAACAAUGCGGGUACGCAAAGGUCGUCGAUUCGUCGAAGAGCCUCGUUGACAGCGAUACCGAUGAUUGGUGGUCCGACUUUGUAUGUAUCUCGAGGUAUCUUUAGCCAGACACAGAUGAUUGAAUAUUUUCAGGAAGUCAAUGUCAAAGGGCUGUAUCUUUGCAGUCGAGCAUAUCUCCGAGCUCUAGGCGGAAGGUCUGGCGUCAUUGUAAAUGUUUCGUCCAGCGUCUCCGUUGGCCCUGCGGCUGGCAACUUGAGCUCCUACGCGUCAGCCAAAAUCGCCGUUAACAAAAUCACCGAGUUCAUUCAUGCGGAGCACCAUGAACAAGGGACGCGCUGCAUUGCGGUGCGUCCGGGUGGCAUUGCCGAUACGGGUAUGGGAAAUAACGCGCCUCCGCACUACAGGCAUCUUCUCCACGACACAGUGAACCUUGCAGCUGGAACGAUCCUGUACCUCUCCACGCCUCGAGCAGGAUUUCUCGACGGGCGAUGUGUGUUUUCCAACUGGGACAUGGAGAAAUUGGAGGCCAUUCAGGAGGACAUUACCAAACAGGACCUACUGAAGACGCGCCUCGGACUCGCGGACGGCAUGAAAACAGAUCUGGUGUUGCCUCAGUAUCUCAGCCGUGCUCUAUGGCUUACGUAA